AUGACACAAUCUCAAGAAGAUUAUGCGGUUACACAGCGGGUGUUGGUCAACGAUGCGCUCUACAAGCGUAUUGCGAAGACCGUCACUGCCAUGACGCUGCUGAAGGAGGCUGAUCCGGAGCUCAAACAGCAGCUGGCUUCGGAUUUGCGAGCCUACAGACUCAUGCUGACUAAACUCAAGCUGCAAAAGUCCAUGAACGCGCAAGAGGUUGAGAAACUGAAUGCCCAGGCUGGAGAGGCAUCCCAAGAGACUGAGCGGCUUCAACAGACGACGGCUGAGCUGGAGGCACAACUUGCGGAGGCUCGCAGAAUUCAGCAGCAGAAGAAACAGUACACAGAUCUCACGUCGGAGCUUCUACGGCCAUACAAGGUGGAGGUGACGCUGACUAGAGAGAAGGAGCCUAGCGCGAUCAAGGAGGAGGAGAAGGCUGGUGUGAGGGGAGAGGAAGAAGAAGAGGAGGAGACUGCUCCUAUGCCGGCAGUUGCUUCGCGGUCUCAUACUCCUCAGACAGAGGACUCUCCACGACGUCAUGGAGAUGAAGACGAAACAGAAGAGGCGGAUAAUGACGAUGACGACGAAGAUGUGGAAAUGAAAGAUGAGGAUGCAGACAACAGCAUGGAUAUUGACGAUGAGGACGAGGAAAUCACAGUGCCCGAGUACGAGACUUAUAACGAAAUUAUCAACGCACAUCUGUUCCGAACACGAGCAGAAGCAGCACAGCUUAACCAGGAGCUGGAGCAGGACAUUGCGGAUCUCAAGGUUACCAACAGUCAGUACGAGGCUACGUGGCAGCAGCGCCGGCAUCGAUUUCUCGAAAUCAUCGCCUCCCUGCAUACUUUCCAGGGCGAUAUUCAGACAGAGAAGGCUGAGCAGGAACGGCGAGCUGCUGAACGAGAAGAGGAAGAGAAGAAGCGACAGGAGGAAGAUGACAACGCUGAUGAUAAUGAUGGAGAGAACGGCAACGGUGAUGAAUGA